AUGGCUGAGACUACCCACAAGGAGCACCACCACGCUACUCCCAAGCUCGACACCGAGGAGAAGGAGGUCCUUGGUAUCACUACCAUCGACUCUGACGAUGUCGAGCACCUCGAUGCCCACGGUGCCUAUGCCCAGAUCAGCGCCAUCGUCUCGACCACCGACGAUCCCUCGAUCCCGUGCUUCACCGUCCGUGCUCUGUUCCUGGCCAUCUUCUUCUGUGUCUUCACCUCGGCCGUCAACGUCAUUCUGUCCUUCCGUACCAACCAGUUCACCAUCCCUGCGUACGUCCCCGUGACUCGGCAUCUGGCACUCACAUCUCCUCCCCACGUUCCCACGCUCCAGAUCAUCGCCUACCCCAUCGGUAUCUUCUUCUCCAAGGUCCUCCCCGAUGUCCGCUUCAAGCUCUUUGGCGUCGAGAACUCGCUCAACCCCGGCCCCUUCUCCAUCAAGGAGCACGUCCUGAUCUACAUCAUGUCCAACUCCAACACUCCCUACGGUAUCGACAACGUCGUCGGCCAGAUCGGCGCCAAGUAUCUCAACGACACCUCCAUCCAGAUCUGGCAGUCGAUGCUCUGGAUUCUUGCCACCCAGUGCCUCGGUCUCGGUCUCGCCGGCAUGGCCCGUGACUUCCUGAUCAAGCCCCCGGCCAUGUACUGGCCCGGCAACAUGGGCAUCCUGGCUCUGUUUGCGUCCUUCCACGACGCCAAGGCUGUUGCCGCCGACUCUACCUCCAAGUACAAGAUGUCGCGCUUCAAGUUCUUCUGGAUCGCCUUUGCCAUCGUCACUGUCUGGUCCUUCUUCCCCUCCUUCAUCGCCCCCGCCGUCACCAGCAUCUCGAUCCUCUGCUUCUUUGGCGCCGGUGCCAACAGCCUCACCAACAUCUUUGGUUCUGCCACCAAGGGUGUCGGUCUCAUCACCCUCACCCUCGACUGGUCCCAGUUCAACGGCUACAUCCAGCCCCUGACCACUCCCUUCUGGGCCAACUGCGUCCUGCUCAUCGGCUACGUCAUCUGGUCGUGGAUCAUUGUCCCUAUCGCCUACGUUAACAACCAGUGGGAUGCCAAGUUCAUUGGCUGCAAGCACCCCGGCCCCAACGGCUGUGGCUAUCUUAACGGCAACGGUCUCUUCAACGGCUCUGCUCUUGGCCAGACCCUCAGCGGCCACAUUCUGCUGAACCCCGCCACCUUUGAGCUCGAUGUCAACAAGUACAACAGCGCUGCCCCCGUCCAUCUCGGCAUGACCUUCAUCUUUGUCUAUGCCUCCUCCUUCAUCACCAUUGCUUCGUCCAUCACGCACGUUGCUCUCUGGUACGGCAAGGACAUUGUCCAGCAGGCCCGUGUUGCCGUCAAGCAGCUCAAGGAGGAUGCCGACCACCAGGACAUCCACAACAAGCUCAUGGCUGCCUACCCCGAAGUCAGCAACUGGGUCUACCUCGGCAUCUUCCUGUUCUCUACUGCCCUGAUGUUUGUCGUCGGUCUCGCUACCCCCUACAAGCUUCAGUGGUGGGGCAUCAUCCUGGCCAUUGUCAUGGGUAUCAUCUUCAUCAUUCCCCUCACCACCAUCACUGCCCUCUCUGGCCAGUACAUUGGUCUCAACGUCCUGACCGAGUUCAUCAUCGGUCUGAUCAUCCCCGGUGACAUGGUCCCCGUCAUGUCCUUCAAGUCCCUUGGCUACAACGUCAUGAUCCAGGCCCAGACCCUCCUCAACGAUCUCAAGAUCGGCCACUACAUGAAGGUGCCUCCCCAGGCCAUGGUUGCCGGUCAGGUUAUCGGCGCCAUCCUCUCUGCCCUGAUCUGUGUCCCCGUCGCCACCUCCUUCACUCUCUCGCCCCUCUUUGGUAUCGGAAACUGGCAGGCGGCCGGCUACAACACCUUCUACUCUGCCGGCACCAUCUGGGGAGCCAUCGCCCCUGCUCGCUUCUUCGGCUACGGUGCUCUCUACCACGACAUCCUCUAUGCCUUCCCCGUCGGCUUCCUCCUCCCCGUCCUCCCCUGGCUCGGCAACAAGAUCUACAAGCACCCCUACUGGCACUUGGUCAACAUCCCCAUCAUGGCCAACUGGGUCGGUCCCCAGUACGGCAACAUGAACGCCGUCAUCGUCACCUUCAUUCUGUCCUUUGUCUUCCAGUUCUACCUCUUCCGCUACAAGAACGAGUGGUGGCGCAAGUACAACUUUGUCCUGUCUGCUGCCCUCGACUCUGGUGUCGCCAUCACUGCCGUCAUCAUUGGUGUCCUCCAGCUGCUCUUCCUCCAGACCGAUGCUGAUGGCAACCCGGUUGGUGGUUUCCUGAUGCCCACUUGGUUCCUGAACCCCAACGGCCCCGCCGACUUUUACUGCUUUGACAUGGACUACAUGGGCAACCCCCUCAGCAAGUAAAGCCCCCCGCCGGCGACAGCUUGUCGAGAGGUGCUGGCCCUCCCGCUUGUGUCAGCAUUGUCCCGCUCCCUUUCUCCCAUCACCACCCAAAUCCUCUUUCCCUCCACCUCUGGCCUUUCACCAAAGCCUUCGCCAUUUACCGUGCGACUCUAUUCUAUUCCGCUCUGUUCAAGUCUAUUCUGCUCUGCUCGACUCUCUUCCGUUCUGAUAUCAAAGGCUCCUUCUAUGGGAACAGAGAGGAAAACCCAACCCACACGACCUCUGUGGAAGCCCUGCUUUCGGGGCUGCUCCUGUAAUGGUUGAAUCUGUAUCGGUCUAUGUGAUAAUACAAAGUGAACCGUAACAUUGA